CUCGCCUCGUCCUGCUCUGCUCUGCCCUCGACCACCGCCCUGCAGCCAGUGCCAGUGCGGCAGUGCCCCUAGCUAGCCACCGCAGGCGGCCAUGGCGGCGCUCGCUCGCUUCCUUCUUGUCACCGUCCUCGCUGCCACACUUGCCACGAACGUCGCGGGGGCGGGCGAGGUGGGCGUCAACUACGGGCGGGUGGCCAACGACCUGCCGGACCCGGCGUCGGUGGUGCAGCUGCUCAAGCAGAACGGCAUCACCAUGGUCAGGAUCUACGACGCCAACCCCAAGGUGCUGGCGUCGCUGGCCAACACCGGCAUCAGGGUGAUGGUGAUGCUGCCCAACGAGGAGGUGGCCGCCGCGGCCGCGGACCCGGCCUACGCGCUCCGGUGGGCGCGGGCUAGCGUCACGGCGUACCGCCCCGCCACGCAGAUCCACGCCGUGGCCGUGGGCAACGAGGUGUUCGACUCGAGGCCGGACCUCAACUCGGACCUCGUCCCGGCCAUGGCCAACGUCCAGGCGGCGCUGGCGCAGCUGGGCCUGGCUGACGUCGUGAAGGUGACCACGCCGGUCGCGUUCUCGGCGGUCACGGACUCGUUCCCGCCCUCCUCGGGCAGGUUCCGGGACGACAUCGCGCAGCCGGUGAUGAAGCCCAUGCUCCAAUUCCUGCAGCGGACGGGCUCCUACCUCACCGUCAACAUCUACCCGUUUUUGGCGUACGCCGACCAUCCGGACCAGAUCUCCCUCGACUACGCCCUGGGGAACACAAGCCCCAGCGCGCGCGAAAAUAAUGGCGUGCGCGACGACGACACCGGCCUCGUGUACUACAGCCUCCUGGAUGCCCAGCUCGACGCCACGUACUACGCGAUGGAGGACAUGGGGUUCCCCAGUCUGAGAGCAUCUGUUGGGGAGACCGGGCAUCCAUCGUCGGGAGGAAGAAGACACGGAGGCCGGGGCCGGAGGCACUUGAUGGCAGCCGGGGACGGCGACGAUGUUGCCACGGUGGCCAACGCCCACGCGUACGUCAACAACGUCAUCAACCGCGUGCUGUCCGGCAGGACGAGCACCCCGCACCGGCCUGGCGCCGACAUGGACGUGUACAUCUUCGCCCUCUUCAACGAGAACCAGAAGGGCGCCGGGGCCGACGACAUCGAGCAGCACUUCGGCCUGUUCUACCCCAACAUGCACAAGGUGUACGAUUUCGACUUCCACCACGCCAGCGGCGGCGGCGGCGGAGGAGGAGGAGGAGGAUCGUCAGGCGGCGCGAAGGCGAGCUGGUGCGCGGCGAACGCGGCGGCUGGGGACUCGCGGCUGCAGGCGGCGCUGGACUGGGCGUGCGGCCACGGCGCGGACUGCAGCGCCAUCCAGCCCGGCGCGGCGUGCUACGAGCCCAACACCAAGCUCGCGCAUGCCUCCUACGCGUUCAACGACUACUACGAGCGCAAAGGCCGGGCCAGCGGGACCUGCGACUUCUCCGGUGCUGCCUCCGUCGUCUACCAGGAACCAGCUAACACCUGCAGCGCGACGGCGGCGAGCUGGUGCGUGGCGAACGCGGCGGUCGGCGACGCGCGGCUGCAGGCGGCGCUGGACUGGGCGUGCGGGAACGGCGCCGACUGCAGCGCCAUCCAGUCCGGCGCGACGUGCUUCCAGCCGGACACCAAGGCCGCCCACGCCUCGUACGCCUUCAACAGCUACUACCAGCGCAAGGGCCGCGCCGCCGGGACCUGCGACUUCGCCGGCGCCGCCUCCGUCGUCUACCAGGCGCCAAAGAUCGGAAACUGCGUGCUCCCGUCCAGGGCCUGAACUGAUGAACAACAACAGUGAAGUCUGAAUCAUACGCUACCAUCCCAGUAUACGGGAUGUGAGGAUAAAGGCAUAAAGCCACCACCUUGUUCUACUAUGGAACUAGAAGAUAAACAUGGCACAUGUAAAUUUGUUUUCUGUGCUAGCAAUAAUGCAUCAAUAAACUAUCAGCAAAUUCAGUGGCCGCAAGCAAAGCGGCAACAAUAUAAUCCGCAAGUUCUUAAUUAUAACUGCAUACUAUCUAUCAA